CUUUUAAGAUAUGCCAGCUUCACCUGUGUCGCUCCGGUUACAAGGCCCAUUAAGUGAAAAUGGUACUGGUCGUGUUGAAGUAUUUUACAACGGCCAUUGGGGAACAAUCUGUGAUGAUGGAUGGGAUUUGAGGGAUGCUAGGGUAGCCUGUCGUCAACUAGGGUAUAGAGAUGCUUUCAGACCACUUCAAAGAUACACUUUUCCUUCUGGCUCUGGACAAAUAUGGUUAGCUUAUGUCGCUUGUAAGGGGGAGGAACAAAAUAUCGCAAGUUGUUCCCACAGCCCUUGGGGAGUUGAUUAUUGCUCUCAUUAUCAAGACGCUGGAGUGAAAUGUUCCAAAACCGAUUACCCAGAUGAUAUUAAGUCCGUGAAACUAAGAUUACAAGGACCUCACAGUGCAAAUGGUGCAGGUCGUGUUGAAGUAUUCUAUCAUGGAUAUUGGGGAACAAUUUGCGAUAAUGGAUGGGAUAUGAGAGAUGCUAGGGUUGUUUGUCGUCAACUUGGUUAUGAUCCUGAUAAUCCAACUUAG